UUAUGUGUCCUGGACCUAGAGGGGCCCCUGGACUCGCCACUGUCCGGGCUCUUCACUCCCUGUCCCGCCUUCCCCGCCGCCCGCCCCGCUGGCCAGUCCCCACGCCCACACGCCUGAGGCUGCCUCAUCUGGCACUGAUUAUCCCUGCUGCUGCCGCCGCUGCCGCCGCUACACUCAGCUGCUGCCUCUGUCUUGAGGACCCCAGCGCCUCUCCCCCCCGGCCAUGCUGCCUGCUGCCACAGCCUCCCUCUUGGGGCCCCUCCUCACUGCCUGGGCUCUGCUGCUGCCUUUCGCCCAGGGCCAGACCCCCAACUACACCAGACCUGUGUUCCUGUGCGGAGGGGAUGUGACUGGGGAGUCGGGUUACCUGGCAAGUGAGGGUUUCCCUAACCUCUACCCCGCCAAUAAGGAGUGCAUCUGGACAGUAACGGUCCCUGAGGGCCAGACUGUGUCCCUCUCCUUCCGAGUCUUUGACCUGGAGCUACACCCCUCCUGCCGUUACGAUGCUCUGGAGGUCUUUGCUGGGUCUGGAACCUCAGGCCAGCGGCUCGGACGCUUCUGCGGGACCUUCCGGCCGGCGCCCUUAGUCGCCCCCAGCAACCAAGUGACCCUGAGGAUGACAUCGGACGAGGGCACGGGAGGACGAGGCUUCCUGCUCUGGUACAGCGGGCGGGCCACCUCGGGCACUGAGCACCAAUUUUGCGGGGGGCGGCUGGAGAAGGCCCAGGGAACCCUGACCACGCCCAACUGGCCCGAGUCCGAUUACCCCCCGGGCAUCAGCUGUUCCUGGCACAUCAUCGCGCCCCCGGACCAGGUGAUCUCACUGACCUUCGGGAAGUUUGACCUGGAGCCCGACUCCUACUGCCGCUACGACUCGGUCAGCGUGUUCAACGGAGCCGUGAGCGACGACGCCAAGCGGCUGGGGAAGUUCUGCGGCGACACAGUCCCGGGUCCCAUCUCCUCCGAAGGCAAUGAGCUCCUCGUCCAGUUCGUUUCGGACCUCAGCGUCACGGCCGACGGCUUCUCGGCCUCCUACAGGACCCUGCCACGGGGCGCCACUGAAGGAGGGCCGGGGGCGAGUCCCCCGCUCCUCGGCCCGGGCCCGAAGCCCGGAGCCGGACCCAAAGUCAAGCCCGAAGUCCCACCUGUGGAGAAACCGAAGGCCGCGCCUAAGGCAGAGGCCACUCCGGUGGGCCCGGAUGCACCCAGUGUCUCCUGCCCAAAGCAGUGCCGGCGGACAGGCACGUUGCAGAGCCACUUCUGUAACAGCGACCUUGUGGUGACGGGAAUGAUGAAGUCCAUGGUUCGGGGCCCAGGGGAAGGCCUCACAGUCACUGUCAGUCUCACUGGUGUUUACAAAACUGGAGGCCUGGACCUGCCCUCUCCACCCACUGACACCUCCUUGAAGUUUUAUGUGCCCUGCAAGCAGUGUCCCCCCAUGAAGAAAGGAAUGAGUUAUCUGCUGAUGGGCCAGGUGGAAGAGAAGAGAGGUCCCAUCCUUCCUCCAGAGAGCUUUGUGGUUCUCUACCGGCCCACCCAGCACCAGAUCCUCACCAACCUCAGCAAGAGGUGUCCCUCCAAGCCUUCUCAGGCUGCUGGAUCUCAGGCCUGAGCCCAGGCCAGCCUCUGGACCCUGGCCCUAGGGACCCCUUUCUUAUCCAAAUAAAUGUUUCUUGACUGAGGAAGGGG